GACUAUGGAUAGAUGAAUUCACGCAACACCAUCGAUCUUGUGCUUCUGCUAUUUGAUAAUUCUAUCAAGAUUCUUAAAUAAUACAUCUCUAGAAUUUAGGCAUUUUUUUUAGAGUAUCAAAAUAUAUUCCUCAUCAAAUUGAGAAAGUAUCGCAACCGUAAAACUUUCGCUAAUGUUUGCUACGCGUCUGCUACGCGUACGUUUCACAGUCGUUCAACCACAUCAGUCACUCAUUUUUGUGAGGUGAGCAACUCAAGUCGAUUUUUCACUUCUAAGACAUAACGCGUAACUUUGACAAUCUUUUUUCCUUGAAAACUAAACAUUUUUCCCUACACAAUACGAACGCGUAACUGUGAAAAAAGAGAGCGUGACUCGUUGCCUUUUUUUGCAUUUUGCAAAUAAUUGCAGUCCGUAUCGGCACGCUCAAAAUUGACAACACCAGGUGCUUGGCCAAUUGUUAUUGUGCUCUCUCCUUCCCUUCUCUUAUUGUUUGUUUCGACGGAAGCGAUGUUGAACGUAUACUAGUGUGUUUUGUACGUGCUAUUACUAAACAUAAAUCACUGCUUAUUUGUGACAUUGCAAACGAGAUACUUGAACCUGUACAGUAUUCCGUCAUUUAAAUGCCUCGUACAUAAACAAUAUAACCUUACUCCAUAUUCUCCCACUGCCAACACUGGUUCAUUCUUUUUUUCAUUCGAGAAAAAUAAACUCGAGUUUUUAUCUGUUUUUGUCACUGGAUUCGUGAUAAGACUUGCGGCUUUUUGUCUACAUAUCCAUCCAAACAAUUCAAAACUCUCUUUGCCUCAUUGUUCUCGAGAACAUCGGACAUUAAUUGCAAGCGAGUCAGCGUUUGUAGUAAAAUCGUAAACUCAUUCACGAAAUCUACGUACUGUUGAAAUAAAAACUCAAUAACAAACGGUUAAUAAUCAUGUCAUUGCAACAUAGUACAGAAGCUUCGGAAUCUGCAGAUUCUUCUUCAGCACCUCUAACCACUGAUAUGGCUGGAACAAACUCUGGAGUUGAAAAAAUUGAACCAGUGCGUUAUGACAAUAUUGUCAAACCACAAAAUGACAAAAGAGAUUACAGAGCAUUGAUAUUAAAUAAUAAAAUGAAGGUACUUCUGAUAUCUGAUAAGGAAACUGAUAAGAGUGCUGCUUCUUUGAAUGUUGGUGUUGGUUUCUUAAAUGAUCCAAAAGAUAUUCCUGGACUAGCUCACUUCUGUGAGCAUAUGCUUUUUCUUGGCACCACAAAAUAUCCAAAUGUCAAUGAAUACAAUCAAUAUUUAUCAUAUCAUGGAGGAGCCAGUAAUGCUUCUACGUACAUGGAUCACACAAAUUAUUACUUUGAUGUGGAUCCAGAAUAUCUUGAAGGUUCUCUGGAUAGAUUUUCACAAUUUUUUGUAUCUCCACUCUUUACAGAGUCAGUAACAGAAAAAGAAAUCACUGCUGUUCAUUUAGAACAUGAAAAAAAUUUAGCUAGUGACACUUGGAGAUUAGAUCAACUGGAUAAAUCUUCAGCUAAUCCAAAUCAUGUAUACUGUAGAUUUGGUACAGGUAAUAGGGAAACAUUGCAAAUAAAUCCAAAAGAAAAAAAUAUAGAUAUAAGACAGGCAUUGCUAGACUUUCAUAGCAAAUAUUAUUCUGCUAAUAUUAUGGCACUCAGUGUUCUUGGCAAAGAGACCUUAGAUGAAUUGGAAACAAUGAUCAUGAGUAUGUUCUCUGAUGUUCCGAAUAAAGAUAUUGAACUUCCCAGAUGGCCCGAACAUCCAUUUACCGAAGAACAUUUCAAACAUAAAUGGUCUGCUGUUCCAGUGAAAGAUAUUAGAAAUCUCAGUGUCACUUUCCCUAUUCCUGAUUUACAAGAACACUUCCGAUCAUCGCCUUUACAUUAUUGGUCGCAUUUGCUUGGUCAUGAAGGUAAAGGAUCAUUGCUAUCAGCUCUGAGGGAAAAAGGGUGGUGUAGUUCGCUCAUGGCUGGCAAAAGAUCAUCUGCGCGAGGCUUUGAUUUUUUCAGUGUCUUUGUUGAUCUCACUGAAAAGGGCAUCCAUCACACUGACGAUAUCAUAACUAUGAUAUUCCAAUAUAUUAAAAUGAUCAAUGAAGAAGGUCCUAUUGAAUGGGUUUAUAAUGAAUACAGAGACAUAGCCAAUUUGAAUUUCCGAUUUAAAGAAAAGUCACAGCCGCGUAAUUGGGUCAAAAUAACUGUUUCAGCGCUCUCAGAGUACCCCAUUGAAGAAGUCCUAACAGGACCUCGAUUAAUAAAUGAAUGGCGACCAGAUCUUAUUAAAGACUUGGCUAAAUACUUUGUACCUGAGAAAGUUCGAGUUUCAAUUAUUAGUAAACAUUUUGAAUCUAUUGUUGAUAGCGUUGAACCUUUAUAUGGUACCAAGUAUAAGAUGGAAAAAAUUCCCGAAGAAACGAUACAAAAAUGGAGUAAAGUUGAACUUAAUAAGGCUUUAGCAAUGCCAGAGAAAAACGAAUUUAUUCCAAGUAAUUUCGCAAUCAAACCAAUGGGACAGCUCGAAAAAUUCCCAGUUAUUAUUGAAGAUACACCAUACAUAAGACUGUGGUAUAAAAAAGAUGAUGAGUUUUUACUACCAAAAGCUGUUAUGACGUUUGAUUUUGUCAGUCCAUUAGCAUACAUGGAUCCCUUGAACAGCAACAUGACAUAUAUGUUUGUGCAACUCUUCCGUGAUUCCCUUAAUGAAUAUGCUUACAAUGCUGAUUUAGCUGGUAUUAAAUGGGAGUUGAGUAAUAGUAAAUAUGGAAUGAAUUUGGUUAUGUCCGGAUACGAUCACAAAUUGGAUGUACUACUGGAAAAGGUCAUGGAACGUUUGAUGAAUUUUGACUAUGAAGAAGAGCGAUUUGAAAUAUUGAAAGAAAACUAUAUAAGAAAUUUGAAAAACUUUGAAGCUGAACAACCUUAUCAACAUGUAGCUUAUUAUUUAGCAGUAUUAUUGUCAGAGCAAGUAUGGGUGAAAAAUGAGUUGCUAAAUGCUACCCCUUUGCUUACUUAUGAACGGGUGCGGCAGUUUGCUCCAUUAUUAAUGAGUAAAAUGCAUAUAGAGUCUCUUAUUCAUGGUAAUUUCACCAGAGAUGAAGCUUUGCGAAUGGGAAAAAUAGUCGAAAAUAAGAUAAUAUCCAACCUGCCUGAUUUGACUCCUCUUUUACCAAGACAAAUGGUUUUAUAUCGCGAAAUAAAACUUCCAAAUGGUUCUCAUUAUGUUUAUGAAAUCAAUAAUAAGCAUCAUAAAAGUUCUUGUACCCAAAUUUUCUGGCAAACUGGACUUCAAACAACAGAGUCAAAUAUGAAAUUGGAACUUUUAGCUCAAAUUAUUUCGGAGCCAUGUUUUAAUAAGUUAAGAAAUGAGCAACAACUUGGAUAUAUUGUAUUCAGCGGUGUUAGACGUACAAGUGGUGUACAGGGUUUAAGAUGCAUUGUACAAAGCAAUAGGCAUCCACAAUACGUUGAUGACAAGAUUGAGGAUUUUAUUACUGAUAUAAAGAAAUUAUUGAUAGAUAUGAAAGAUGAAGAAUUUUCUAAGCAUGUAGAAUCAUUAGCCACGCGUCGCUUGGAAAAGCCAAAAGUAAUGAGUUCUCAAACUUCUAUCUACUGGAAUGAAAUUGGCACCCAACAGUAUAAUUUUGAUCGAAUGAACAUUGAAGUUGCUUAUCUGAGAACUCUUACAAAACAGCAAAUUAUUGAUUUUUAUAAUACUUAUGUAUGGUGUGAAUCAGAACACAUACAGAAGAUGAGCAUUCACGUUUUGUCGACCGCUGAUGGUAAUUCACCCACCUAUUCAUCUGAUGAUCCUGAUAACACUAGAUCGUUGGACUCGCCAAAUCCUGUGAAAGCAAAACCCAUAGUUGAUAUACUGUCAUUUAAGACGAGUCAAACACUCUAUCCUCUUGCUAAAUAUUACACUAAUGUACCACGCAAAGGUACUCAAAAACAAUCAAAACUUUGAAACGAAUUUGAAGUCGAGUUACCUACAGUGCCUUGAAAAUUUAAAUAUGCGAGGUCUAAUGGGGGCUGAGGUCUAAAUGAGUAUUCUUCGUAGUUUAGAGCUGUUUUUUCUGAUCGUUCUUGUUUUAAUUUUCAUCCGUUGAUCGGACCGACAUAAUUUUUUUAUUUAUAACUUGCGCACAAUUAAAUUUUUAUAUUUUUGAUUUUUAUUUAACGGGAAAAAUUUAUUGUAUUCAAUAUAUGUGUUUUAUUGUUGUAAUCUUACAAAGUUUGAAAAGUCACUCGCGAGGACGAAUUCGCUUGAAAAUGCAUUGAUGAAUUUAUUGACUUUAUAGAAAAGCCUAAUUGUAAAAAUAUAUCAAAUAACACUUAUAACAUUUAUAAACGAUAAUUAUUGAACUAAUAUUUAUUAAAGUAAGCCAUGAAAAGAAAAGAUAACGCAGCUUCAAGAAAUUGGUAAUUAAAUCAUAAUGAAUUUCUAGUAUUUAGUGAACACUAAGUUGCGAAUUACUUUCUUGAAAUUAAGAAAUGUAUUGAAUUAUAAUCAUACUUAAUUUCCUAGAAUAUAUGCAUCACACUUUCCAAAUCAAGUAACUGCUUUAACUUAAGCAUAGAACAUUUUUAAAGUCGGAUAAAUUUUAUAGCCUGCGAACAAUUAUAUCAUAGAUGUAAAAAACAUUCGUAGACAUUAUUAUCACAUUAUUUGUGAUUUCUCAUACUUAUUUUAUCAAAGGUACAAUUUUUAAAAUAAAACACUUAAUCUAUUCAUCUAUAAUAAUGCAAGAGUGGAUCGAGGUGUAAUGUAUUUAUCUUCAAUUCGAUAAUAAUAUUAUGUAAUAUAACAACCAAUAUUAGUAUAAAUAAGGUCUCAAAAAAUAACCAUCACACGCUUUUAUGAAUUCAGUAUGCAAGUGUAAAAAUGACUAUUAAAAAUUAAAAUUAUUUUUACCGCAA